AUGUUGUAUGGAUAUGCAGGAGUUGGAUUUCGCUACUUCACCCGAAAGAGAGCAACGGCGUACAACCUCACAGGCUGGGUGAAGAAUGUACCCAAUAACAAGGUGGAAGGUGAAGCUCAGGGCGAAGAAGGGGAUAUCGAGAAGCUGUUGAAGGAUCUCGAUAGAGGACCGUCGCACUCUGAGGUUGUGAAAGUGGAGAGGGAGGAGGUGGAUGUUAAGGAGGGGGAGAGUGCUUUUAUGGUUAAAUGA